AUGGAAGAAGAAAUGGGGAAAGGACUUCAAAUAAAAAGUCAAGACGAGCUAAUAGACGAAGAGGGUUUGUAUAGAAAGAGAAUAGGAUUAAACAAAUUCAAGGUGCCAAUACCAUCCAAAUCGGAGGACAAAUUUGUUGACGCCAGAUCCGAUCCUAUUUCAACAAUACCAAGAACCCAAGAAGAACAUGAAGAGCUCGAUAAACUAAACGAAUAUUUUAGCGAAAGACUAUAUGUUGUGAAUAAGAAGACAAGCUUGCCUACGGAGAAGAAAGAAGAAGGGAAAACUGUUGAAGGCAAAGACGAAAUUAACACGAAUAAGAAACGCGUAGUGACAACGCAGGGACAAAGGGAAGAUUCGGAUAAUGAAUAA